UCCGCAAAAAAGCACUCUGGCCGAUGGAGUCGCUGCAAUCAGCUGUGCCACACGUCUCGUUAUGAUAAACAAGUAAUGAAAGGUAAAAACGCGUAUUUAAACCAUGGAAGGCGUGCUGUAUAAGUGGACGAAUUACAUAAGUGGUUGGCAGCCACGCUGGUUUGUUCUUGAUGGAGGUACUUUGUCUUACUACGACUCUCAAGAAGAUGCGUGGAAAGGUUGUAAAGGCAGCAUUAAAAUUUCAGUUUGUGAAAUCCAAGUUCAUUCCACUGACUCGACACGAGUUGACCUGACUAUACCAGGAGAGCAGUACUUUUAUCUGAAAGCCAUCAAUGCAGCUGAAAGGCAGAAAUGGCUGGUGGCACUGGGAACAGCUAAAGCCUGUCUUACUGACAACCGGACCAAGAGAGAAAAAGAGCUUCAGGAGAACACAGAAGCACUGAAAACCAAGAUGUCAGAGCUCCGGUUGUACUGUGACCUUCUUCUCCAGCAAGUAAACAAGAUCAAGGAGAGUGAUGAACCAGGAGAAACAGCUGAGAGUGGAACAGACACUGGAAACUUGGUGAGGUCAACGUGCACUACUUUCCUCAAGACUCUAGAGGAAUGCAUGCAGAUAGCAAACCGUACUUUUAAUACAGACACAACGACGCACAGUCCACCAGGAACUCCUCCAGUAGCAGCCAUUAAGCCCCAGAAGAUUAAACCCAUCAAUUUAAAGCAGAACCUUGAAGAGAAGUGGAAAGAUUUGACUGAAACCUCAGGACAAGCACCUCGACACGACACCCAGAGUCUGGACUCUGGGGUAGAGGGACCUGAUGAACCAGACAGAUCAGAACACCAUCCUUCCCCAUCAGAUUUUGAAUCAUCCAAAAGAUCCAACCACAAGGAGCGAGUCAGUCCCGCCWCACACGUUACCCAGAAUGCCUCUGGGAAUGAAGACGAGGAUCAACCAGCAGAGGGAGACGAGAUCGAAGCUGCCGACCAAAAGAAGAAGAAACAGCUGCACAAAGUGGACCAAAGUAAAGAUAACGACAACAAAAGCAGGGAAGAGAACGCUGUCCAACUCGAGCACAGAGAGGAAAAAGAAACUUUAGACCAAGAAGAGAGCGAUGAUGAAGCAGACGAGACUCCCAUGGAUUCAGCAGAUUCAGACACAGAGCAGGUGGAAACUUUCUUCAACACAAUGAGCCACAGAUUUAGUGAUAUAAGACUGGAUGACGACAAUGGUAUUCCCUCACAAGAGUUUUUGGACUCAUGCUAUGCAAUAGUGCCUGUAUUAGACAAACUGGGAUCCACAGUUUUUGCACCAGUUAAAAUGGAUUUUGUUGGGAAUAUUAAGAAAAUUCAGCAGAARUUGAUGUCGGACCCUGACAGCUUCCCCACACUACAGUCCAUCGUACUGCAUGAACUACAGAUGAACGUUGCUCAGGUCCGCAACUCUGCGACCGAAGCUCUGCUGUGGCUCAAACGAGGCCUGAAGUUCCUCAAGGAGUUCCUGUCAGAGGUCAACGCUGGGGAACGGGACAUCCAGGCAGCAUUAAAUAAUGCUUAUGGAAGGACUCUUCGGCAGUACCACGGGUGGGUUGUACGAGGUGUAUUUGCUCUGGCGCUCCGAGCCGCUCCAUCUUAUCAAAGCUUCGCGGCCGCCUUAGUGUCGAGCGAGGGGGACGAGCUGAGGAGCGAGUUCACCAGCAGCGUGCACAGGGACCUGGGGAUGUACCUGCCUGCCAUGGAGAGGCAGCUGUGCAUCCUAGAUGAGCUGUACGAAGAAAACAACCUGGAGUCUGACGAGGUGGUGUGAUAAACAGGAAGUGAUCAGAGUUGAAGGAAGGAUGGAGCCUGUCCUGUUUAGAGCAGUGAACUGCUGAAUGCAUCAAGUGAGUGUUAUUUACACAUUAAUAUGUGUAACAGCAGUUUGAGUUGUUUAAGCUCUUCAACAAGGAUCUGGGUCUAAAAGUAUAAAGGUGUUUAUUUCGAAGCAGUAACUAUUGAGACGGUUUGGUCUUAAUAAAUCAUGUUGAGGUCUUGUUCAAAAGACCAACUACAGUCAAAGGGUUGUAAAUCCUAAUAUGCAGACUCUAACUAUAAUUAUUAAUAGUGACAUAAGUUUCUGAACCUUAUUUGUUGCAUUUUUUUAUCAUUCAUGUUGUAGGUACACAAUUACGUAAUAUUUAUUUCCUGUAAAUUAACGAGAUUGUUUUUUUUCCCUUUAAACUGAGACGAAUGUAAAGAAAUCUUUAAAGCAGUGUUGUGCCAUAUUUCCUUAGUUUUGUGAAACGAAGCGCUCGAGCCAGAAACAAUGUCAAGUUGUUCCAAUCCCCAUUAAGUACUAGUUUUUGAUUGUGCGUUUUCCUGGGACCAAAAUCGGUUUUUGUGUGACUGUUUUUGCUUCUGCUGCCUACAGAAACACAAACCCAGAAUAAAAUGUUACUGUUCAUUCUCUGCACAAACCUUUGCAUAGUUUACACGUUUUUGAAUCUAUUUAUUGCAGUGUAAGUAAUAAGGCUCUCAUUAAGGACAAGCAAAAAAUAAAAUAAGUCUAACUUUGGUGUGACUGUAUGGACAUUUAUAACCUAGCAUGUUUAUAGAGGGCAUGUUUUGUGUAAGAAAUAACACAGGAAGCAGCAGAAAGUGAAUAAAGACAAAGGGCUUGAACUGAACCAAGUACAGUGAAUGAUCCUAUAGGUGAACUGGAACUAAAAACAUUCUCUCUGGGCUUUAUUGUAUGUUUUUUUGGAUUUUUGUUUGUUCACUGAUUGCAACAAAUCCUGUAGAUUUAACUAACUGGUAGGAUUGUGUAAAAGUUGUGCAAUAGACUGAUUUUGUUUUCAGUUGCAAAUGAUGUUUGUCCUGUUGUGCUAAUGUCAUUUUACAACAACUAAUUGAUUUUGAUUUUUUAUAUCAAUGUUUAUAAAAUGCUGUUUGAUUUUUACCCAAUAAAUACAAAAGUGUAACUUCUU